AUCACGAGGACAGUCCCCGGAAUGGUCAAGAUGCAGGCUCGAAAGUGUUUGUAGAUCAUGUUCAUGCCCCGAUUGCUAGUUCGUCUAGUAAUGACAAUAGUCAGUCGAGCUACCCCGGGAAAGGUUCGGAGGUAGCGCAAGUGCCAGCUGGUCCAAAAGGGAGUAGCCCGCGCUACCAUAAUCAUGAGCAUUCACGUCGGCAAAACUUGAUCCCCCGUUCGCGCAAAGGGCUUCAGCAAGGCCGACUUCGCGGUCUCCCAAAUCCGAGUCUUAUUCAGGUCAAACACUCCAACGACCGUGGAGCGUACAAUCACUUCUCUGAAAAUUCACCUAACGAGUACUACAAACUGGGCUGCUACUCCAGAGACGCUAGCUCGUCGCGAGGUGCAAGCUUCGCAUCGCCAUCACGACCAAAGCUCAACACCGUUGAAAAUCAGAACGAUCCCGACAGGCCCAUCGUUGACUCAAACAUGGCAGAUAUGGACUCGAGAGACUCAAAGCCGAGGCACGGAGGAAGAGGAUACCAUAAUAAAAAUGGCAAACGCAGAUACAGGGAAGAUGACGACUAUGAUCGCCAGCCCCAGCGUCGGAAGAUUGAGGAGCCAGCCUUUGUCAAGGUGAGACGAUGCGUUCUGCAGCUUGGCGACUCUGGCACGAAGAUUCCAGCCACUGAGACGCAAGAGGUUGCAAAGAAGAUUGCAGAGAGCUAUGAAGAUUCGGAGGUGAAGGGUGGGGUGCUGGAUCUAGUCAUUCAGUUUUGCGUCGAACAACCACUGAAGAUCCCAAUCAUGGCCGCGCUGUGUCAGUACGCAAAUGACUAUAAUUCAGAUAUCGCGGUCGAGCUACUCACCCGUGCCGGAAAACAGGCGCAGGCCGCGCUAGAGAAAGGCUCGUGGAGAGAGUUCAAGCUACUCCUCCGCUUCCUUGCAUGCUGUCAGUCUCUUUACAACGACGAUGGCGUUUUCGGAAUACUCGACGAACUCUUCAACAGUGCUGCAGAACUUCAAGCCGCUAGCUCAGCCGACACAAUCGGCCUUGAGAUCGUCAAGAUCAUCCUGCUCACAAUACCUUAUGUCCUUGCAACCUCCGCAACUGGACUUGAGCAGAAGGCAGCGGAACUUCUCGAAAAAACUGGUAUCGUCGCAUCCGCCCCGCACGCCUUGGAGUCCUUAGUUGAGCCAUAUCAUGGCGCGGCUGAGACUGAGAACUUCCAUCGCGGAAGCGAAGACCGACCAUAUUCAUACAAGAGUUUGCUCGGUUUGCUCCAAGAUCAGAUACAACAAGAAGCCAACAUGGGCUGGAAGUUGCCAUUCAUCCUUAGAGCGUAUGUCAAGCCAGUUCUCCCUGCCACGGAGGGCGAUGUUGACGCUGCUGGUAUCAUCGACUCGCCUAAGCAACACCCCUUCCCCGUUAUCACCAUGCCUAACCCAGUCUCGCAAGGGCCGAAGGCUCUUUUCCCCGAAGCAUUUUACUCAAUAUACGCCGAUCAGGACAUUGAAACUGUUCCUAAGACUACAGCACUCGUCGGUACCCUUGUCCGCGAUACCCUUGUAGACACCAUCAACAUCCUCGACUUCAAUCGUCACCAGGUAGCCAAGUUUCUAAUCGACAUGGACAAUUUCUGGGCUCCUGGAACCUUCGUGAAAAGGGCGACGCCAUUUGACAAGCUGCGCGACAUCCCGAGCGGCGAGUCAACUUGGAAACCUGAAGAUGUUGCCAUCGAUGCUCUCUUCUCGCAAAUUUUCGUUCUACCAUCUGCAGAGCAUAAGCUUAUAUACUACCAUUCAAUCAUUACAGAAAGCUGCAAGAUUGCGCCUGCCGCUAUCGCUCCUAGUCUAGGUAGGGCUAUUCGAUUCCUUUUCCGCAAUUUAGACGGUAUGGAUAUGGAGUUGAGUGCAAGAUUCAUGGAUUGGUUCGCACAUCAUCUCAGCAACUUUGAGUUCCGGUGGAAAUGGACCGAAUGGACUGAUGACCUGACCCGACCUGCGAUUGAUCCAAAGAAAGCUUUCAUUGUUGGUGCCCUUGACAAAGAGAUUCGGCUCAGCUUCGCCAAACGUAUACGCUCCACCUUACCACCGGAAUACCAUCAUCUCAUUACUGAAGCCAAGGAGAAGGACAUUCCUGACUUCAAGUACAAUGACGAACGUACGCCGUACGCUACGUACGGACGGGAACUGCUCGCCCUCAUCCGCAAGAAAGCCCCUGAAGAAACCGUUGACAUCGUCAUGAACCAGAUUCACGACGAGGCUGCCGAGCGUGGUAUUGGGGAUGUACACAUUCCAUCGACCGAUGCAUACAUUACGUGUAUACUCUUUGUUGGCUCCAAGUCACUCUCACAUGCUCUAUCCAUCAUCGAUCGCUGCAAGGACCGCCUGCUUUCAACACCUGAAUCCGCGCGUAUACAAAUAGUACAGUCUGUCGUCGACUACUGGUCCAUUCAUCCAGGCACUGCAGUGUCUAUUAUCGACAAGCUCCUCAAUUACACUAUACUCUCUCCAAUGCACGUUAUACAAUGGGCUCUUGGCCCUUCUCGUCUUAAGGAAGGCAAACUACUCUCACAGCCGUGGGUCUAUGAGAUGGUGUCUACGACAAUGCAUAAAGUCACCUCCCGAGUUCGUCAGAUCGCUGCUGCACGUUUACAGGUAGCUCUCCCUCCUGAGCAGAUCCGCAUGCUCGACGAAAAAGUCACUGAAGAGCGUCAAAGCAUGCGGGAGCUCUUUGCCGUGAUUGCUGAGGCCACCCAGGGUCUUGCGGCUGGUGCUACCGAUGGGUAUAUGGAAGCUGUUGGUGCGAACGAUAUCACCCCUGCUGAAGCCGAGCUACUACGUGCUUGGGGUGCACGUUGGAACCGAGUUUUUGCUCGAAAAGGUGCCGUUGAAGAAGCUGUUGUUGGUGAAGCAGUCAUGGAGAUGCGUGUCAAAGACGCCGAAGAAGCGUUGCAGAGGCUCAAACAAAAUGAGGCAGAGGUUGAAGCAGCUGCUGAAGCGGCGGCAGCGGCAGCACAGGACGGACACGGGAACGGAAAUGGAGAUAUGGAUAUGGACACAGCUGCAGAUGGGAACAAUUUCUGAGUGUCUGGUUUGAUUCGACCGUGAUCGAGACGUGAGGAAUACGUCUCACGUGUACCAUUACCACGGUCUAGGGUUUCGCGUGGGUGGGUUACAGGCAGUUCAGUCGUUCCAUAGCAGACUAGAUCUGCAACUGUGGAGUCAAUGGGAUUUGUAUUCUGCUAUGCACUGUAUUAUGAAAUUUACCGUCAAGCAAUCGAUAAAACCUCUACUGGAUACUAUCUCACGUCCCUGUCUCACACAUAGGGAUGUCUAGUUCCGUUAAUCGCUGAUCGACACGC